ACGCGCUCUACGUAGGGAUUUUUUCAAAAUGGACCUCGACAAGGUCGUGUCAUCGGUGUUAAACUUUAUUAAAUCUCUUUCUUCCCCUGUGCAAAUCAUUGGAUUGCUUGUUGUUGUAAUAAUUAUUCGAAAAAUUGUGCAAUCUAGAUUUAGGAAACCGCCUCCCCCUCCUCGUGAAAAACCUCUCGAACCUAUGAAGAAACGAGACUUCACUCCUGAAGAGUUGGUAGAAUACGAUGGGGUGAAGCAAAAGCGUGUCUUGCUGGCUGUCAACGGCAAAGUUUUUGAUGUCACUCGAGGAAAAGACUUCUACGGUCCAGGUUAGUCUCAAAAAUGAUUUGUGUUAUUGAAAUACUCAGAAAUGUACCAGAAAUAUUUGUAAAAAGUUUGCUAUCGAUCGUUUUGUGUACGAUUUGAUUAGUUUGCAGUAAACGAUGUUUUCUUGUCGGAAAAUUUCAAGUUGCAGGGGGUACUUGGUUGGGGUACUCAGUGUUCCCUAUUUCUUGAAAAAAAAAUGCAGAAUCUUUCAUGACGCGAUGUUGAAGAAAUUGCGAAAUCCUGUCUGGGUGAUCAGGAAGACGAAACUUGCAAACGGCUCUUGCAAACUGAUGGCAGGAUUCCCGUUUCAGAUGCUUACUUUGCGGGCGUCAUCUUGCCAGACGGCUUUGCUUUUCACUGAAAAUAACUUAUCUCCUUAAUCAUUGGCAAACUGAAUUUCACGGCCAUGUUUUUUAAGUACAAAACACUAAACCCAACGUGCUCAAAAUUGGCGCUCUCUCUUAAGUUUCGUCUUUUGUUUGCUUUUGAAUGCAUUGUUAUUCAAAUUAUUGUUAAGGUAUUAAAAACGUUCAUUCUUAGGACUGUUUCAUGCUAGCGUAUCUAAUGGAUCUCUGCGACUAUGUGACUUUUCCUGUUUGUAUGUUAAAAGUGACUGGUUCAAACGCAUCAGAUUCAAUUUUACAGUCACGAUGAAAAAUCACAUCAAAAUUGUGUUGGAUCGAAGCACAGUAUAAAUUUCUUGUAAUUCAAACCACUUGGGAUGUAAGGAGAAGUUAAUAAUCGAGCAGAUAUAAGCUAACGGAUUUUAUGCUCUCAAUAUUCUAUUGUUAUGCUCUCAAUGCUAUAUGGCGUGUUUUUAAAAUUGUGUCAUUCAAGGUUACUGGAUAUCUUCUGUUACAAGGUCAGGUCUUGGCAAGGGCACAGUCGUGAUCUCGUUUUUCAUUAAAAAAAAAUAUGUUUUCUGCUAUGAGUGGUUUAUUUUGCAUGAUUAUGCAGUCAUUUUUUGAUAGUGUUUUCAUCAGUAAAUGCUUCAAGACCUAGAAAGCACCUUGAAAGAAUGUUCAUGUUAUUAAUAUAAGCAGCAGUGUGGUUUAAGUCCAGAAUAAAGAGUUUAAGGCUGACGUUUUGAUUGUCAGCCUUUCGUCUUUUGCUCCCACAAUGGGCUAGCAUCUGAAACAUCAAGUUAGGAAACUCUUUAUGUUGGCCAAUUUACAUUGUAUACUCUGUUUUUAAAUCCAAAUUAUCUUGUAAUACCCUCCACUAAUGCAGCACCUCAGUUUCCUCAGAUACUCACCCCUUUCAUGAAGUCCUGAAUACCCUGCUAGUUGAAAUGUGGCUCUCACAGUCUUGAAGUUUUCAUAAUUGAAGUCUGAUUGGGGCCACAAUCAUGGUCUUUUGAUCAAAAUAACUGUUUGGAUGAGUAUUACUUGACAGUUUGAGCUUUAUUUUUAGUGAUAAGUAUCAAGGCAGAGGUUUGCUAGCUGCUGGAGCUAUUGUGUGUAAACUGAAUGUUGUAACUGAAUUACCAUAUUUUGCCUUCCUUCAAAACUUUUUCACUAGAUUUAAAAGAACAAUGCAUGUAAAAAGUAGCAGCCUACUCUUAUAACAGAAUUGAUCUAAUGAAAAGUAAGGAAUAAAUAGUUUUUUCAGUUCUUACUGCAAGUUAUGGACCAAAUUUUUCCACUCAGAUUUAUGGCCCAAGCCCAAAGAGCAUGAGCCAUGAAUUGGCAAUUCUAUUGAUUUCUUGCUCUGGCAGCUCCUUAUAGGUCUCAGCUUGCUCAAAAACAUUAACAUUAUUUAGAACUUGUCAUUCUGAACCUGUUCCCUAUAAAAUUGGAAGAAGAAACUUAUUAAAUAAAAUUUUAUUUUCUGAUUAAGAUGCUUGAGUCCAAACUGGGUAAAUAAGGAUGUUCUAGUUAUAUCAAUUUAAAUACAACAUUUGGCUUUGAAUUAAGCUAAUUCCAACCAAAAGUGAAAAAUUUCUAGUACUAAAAGCUCAAAAGACUUUAACUAAACUCCAAAAAAAUAUAGGUUUCCAGGAAAUUUUGUCAUAAACCUCAUUGUCAGGUUCAAGUUCUCUGAAUACGACAGGUUAAUUAAUCAGAUCACCAUGUUGCACACGAAUUAAAAAUGAAAACAUACCAAGAAGAGGGGAAACAGAAAAUUGUCUUUCAAAAUACAUUCAUGAAAACUUAAAAAAAAACUUUAAUAAUACUUAAUUGUAAUUCCCUUGCAAUCUUACAGGGGGUCCUUACAGUGUCUUUGGUGGACAUGAUGCAAGUAGAGGUCUGGCAACUUUUUCAGUCGGAAAUGAUGCUGUCAAAACUGAGUAUGACGAUUUGUCAGACCUUAACAGCAUGCAGAUGGAUUCCUUGCGGGAAUGGGAAACACAAUUUUUGGAGAAGUAUGACAUGGUUGGACGCCUGCUGAAACCAGGCGAAAAACCCCAACAGUAUGAUGAAUCAGAAACAGAGGAAGAAGAUGGAAAAGGAGAUAAGAAAGAACAAUAGAAGAUUGAAGAAGAACUGUUUAGGAAUUUCGAAGGAUGUGAAAAGAGAAAAGUUGCAUGAGGAAACUGUGUCAGUGAACAUAUAGCCCAGUAGUUAUACGAAAGAGAAAUUAUCCAAUGUACAGAACCAUGUUCAGGAAUUUGACAUUUAUUUUUAACAGUCAAGUGAUACUUUGCUAGUUAUUGAAAUUGUUCAUGAAUGUGUUUUGGGAUCAAGGUCAGUAUCUGAGCAGCUGUGCACUUACCCCUUCCUUGACUCAAUUUUAACCCUAACUCAAUAUUAACUCAAACUUUCUAUAAAUUGACUGUUAUUGGGCUAUGGGAGGGGUAUGUGUGCAGAUACUGACAUUUAUCUGUGUUUUGCAUGGUGUUAGUCACUUUUAAAUAGAUUUUACUCUGGCUUUUCAUUCCCCAGUCUGAAAUAAUAAUAAGUUAUUUGUCUUCUCCUUCAUACUGGCCAGUGAAUGUUAACACUUGAAGAUAAGGACAGGUGAAUGCAUAGAUCAACCAAUAAUGACCAAAAAAAAAUGAUUACUUUAAAGAUAUUAGUAUUGUUAUGUUUUAAAAUACAUGUACUAUUGCAACCUACAUCAGCUCCCAUUUGGGUGUGAGUGAGUCUCCUUGGACACAACAUGUUUCAAGAGGCAAAAGGUUGUGUUCUUCAGAUCUUGAAAGAACAGAUCAUGCUAGGGACAACUACAUAGGGAUGUGCUUGUUACAAAUGGGAGAUAUAGAGAGAAUUCUUUGAGAGACAGGAUGAUGGCAAGAAGUCCCAGUAGCUAAACUGGAAUUGUUCUUUAUUGUCUAUCUGUCUUACAUGAGUGGUUGUCAUCCCACAUCAUCAUUGUAACAUAAGUCUCUCACAUCAGUAAAAACUGGAGAUUUACAGUAGAAACUUGGCAGCUUAAUUUACAAAAUUUUAUUGUAUUUCUUUCAAUGGUUCAGGAAAUUUUCAGUUGAGUGUCAAAAGCCUGGAAAACUUAUGUCACAAAAAAUUAUAAGACGCUAGAAUGAAACCAAUCUUGGUCAGCUUUGUUCUCCUUGGUUUGAGGUUAUUUACAUAUUAUCUGAUUUUCCUCAAAUUCUUAUCAACCUCAUAAAAUUUGCCUUUGCUCUGAUUGGCCAGCAAGCAUGCAUGAGAACACACAAACUUAUCAGGUAGGUGUUGUCUUGAACUAACACCAAAUUCUCAUAACUAAUUUACAAGGAAAUGUGCAGUAGCUAGUAGGGAGAAUUAAUUACCAGAUCUUGGGAGUUUAGGGGUCAGCAAUUUCUUGUAAGAUUAAUACUAGAGCAAAGAAGGAUGCAUUGGGUUUUUUUUUUAAGUUAGCAACCAAUUAUUUUCAGAUUACUGCCUCAAAAACAAUAAAUUAUUGCAUGUAACUAAAUUCCAGUGAUAUUUAAGUGGGUGAUUCAAGCACAUGAAUUAAUUACGGUACCUUAGUAUUUGUCUUGUGGACUUGACAGUCCUGUACAGUGAGUGCAGAAAUUCUACGUGCAUUGUGAAUACUAGAAGGGUAGAAAAGAGAAUCCACCCUUGAAGACAUGUAGUGGGCAAAAGGAUUUGUAGAGCAAGUACUAGACAACUUAGCUCAACGCUGUGGGUUUACUUUUGUUAAAUAAACAUGUAGUAACUUGGUUAAGUAUUCUAGUUUGUGCUUAUUUACAUUUCAACCCUUUACACCUUACACCAAUAUGACAUUUUUUCUUAGCAUUCUCUAUAUAUUUCCUGAGUAAAGAGAAGCCACUGGCUUUAACCCUUUAAGAGUGAUUAGCAUCCAAUUUCUGUUUACAACAUCAUACUCAAUCACACAGGGUUUUUCAAGAAUAAUGGAAAUGAUCACCAACUGAUGAAGCUCUUGAUUGGUAAACAAAUUCUUAUUGUCAGCACCUUGAGAAAUACAAAGAGAACAGUAUGGAGAAUAUGCAUACUGAUGUUGGGGUGUAAAUGGGUAAUGUGCUAAAGUUCUCAACAGUGCAAUAGUUUGUGACUAAAACAUUUGGGCCACAUUGUUCAAGUAAGAUAGGUCCUAAUUCAGGUUUGAUAGAUAUGUAAAACUGUGUUCCUUGCAUACAGCCAACCUGUGAUUAAAUUAAACUCAUUACAAUUUUAACAGCC